AUGGAGCCGUCUGGGGGGACGCCGUUACCUGGUGUAGCGUCGCAAGAGGUGGCAGAGAAUGCGACGCCACCACCUGCUGAAUCGGAGGCUCCGUUACCGGCCCCAGUGAAGCCGGGUGAAACCGCUGCCCCAAACAAGUCUACGGGGAAGCUGGUGGGUCUUGUUAUGCUCAUCCUCGCUGCCGGGGCGCUCCUGGCUCUAAAGCCUAAACUCGGCAGUCGUCCUCCGAAGGUAGUGCCGCCUCCGCCUCCGCCUCUUCCCGAGGGCUUCCUGGCUCCCCCAAAGAAACCUGAGGAAGGAUUGAAGCCACCAAAAACCAGGCCACCCCCACCUCCUGUUGACGCAGAACCUGAAGAACCUGAAGAACCUGAAGAACCGGCACCACCAACCAGACUGCCGUCCGGAUUACCUAGAGUACUGCCCUCUUUAGAUGAGCUGAAAUCGUUCCAGAGUCGCAGAAAACAGGCGCAAAAGGGCUCCCCAGAUGCUCCUAAAGAACCGGCUCCACCCACAGUUCCAGAGGCUCCUGAAGAACCGACUCCACCAACAGUUCCAGAGGUUCCCGUAAAACCGGCUCCACGCAAAGUUCCGGAGGUUCCUGAAAAACCGGCUCCACGCAAAGCUCCAGAGGCUCCUGAAGAACCGACCCCAUCCACCGUUCCAGAGGCUCCCGUAAAACCGCCUCCACGCAGAGUUCCGGAGGUUCCUGAAAAACCGACUCCCGCCGUUCGAGAGGUUCCUGUAACACCAACUGCGCCCAAGGAUCCAGAAAUUCCUGAGGAACCGCCUAAACCGCCAGCUCGGGGAGAACCGGUCCCACCGAAGGAACCUGAGGCUCCUGAACAACCGGUGACAGAGACGAUUGCUGAGGCUCCUGAAACACCAACCAGGCCACCCAGGAGGCCAAUACCGCAUCCAGGGAUUGGUAUCCCGCUUCCGGGCCUCCGUAGGCCAAGCGAAGAAGAGCCUGAACCAACCCAACCAGUCAAACCUGUCCCCCGGACGAGACGCACCGCUACAAGCAGUCCACCCGAUACGCCGACGGAGAAGGAAGAGGAAGGGAGCCCGCAGAGGCCAGUACCAGCCGUACGAACGCGUAGGCCGAGCGCUACAACGCCGGAUACGGAGACUGUGCCUGUAUUCCUUGAUGAGAAGCCUGAAACCGGAGAACCCGAACAGCCCGCACAUAGCGAAGAACAGCCAGUGGAACAGGCAGAGACACAGCCACAGCCAGAAGAGCAGGGGGAGGCGGCAAAAACUGCAGAACAAACAGUUGUAGAACCGGAACCGGCCCAGCAACAACCGGCGAAAUCUCCAUUCGGACCUGACCUAGACGAUCUUGAUGAUGAGGGAGAGGAAUUCGAUAUAGACGAAGCUGAGCUAGAGAACCUAGGGCAGCGGUGA